UAAAGGUAAAGGGACCCCUGACCAUUAGGUCCAGUCGCGACCGACUCUGGGGUUGCGCACUCAUCUCGCAUUAUCGGCCGAGGGAGCCGGCGUAUAGCUUCCAGGUCAUGUGGCCAGUAUGACAAAGCCGCUUCUGGCGAACCAGAGCAGCGCACGGAAAUGCCGUUUACCUUCCCGCUGUAGCGGUUCCUAUUUAUCUACUUGCAUUUUGACGUGCUUUCGAACUGCUAGGUUGGCAGGAUUUCUAUACCGCUUUAUAAUUUUAAGAAAAAUCUCAAAGCAAUUUACAGCAUAUUCAGUCAACAAAACAUAAAUAAAACAAUCUGAAUAAAGUCAAAUAUAGAGUAUACAGUCAAAGCAACAUAACAGAAAACUAAAAUAUUGUCUUAAAGAUUUCAAAAUAAAAUAUUUCAAAGGAGGUCAACUACAGAAUACAGUACAUAUUUAACAUACAGUAGUAGGGCUGGGUGAGUCUGGGCCCUGCCCCCUAGGUCAGGUGGAAAGGGCCUUGCAGGGAGCGGCCUUCAUGCCUCACAGCCGGGCGAUGUUCCUCCGGCCUCAUGAGGAGCCUUUUCAGUAGAGCUGGUUCGAUGAUGCCCCAUACAGAGAAAGAGUUGAAUGACCUUCUUAUUUGUAAAGAAAAAGAACUGAAAGAGCUCCAAGCUCAUCAAAUCCAUUUUCAGAAAACAUCACUUCAUGAAACCAGAAAGCAGCUUCAAGAAAUGCAUAGGAAAUUCAACAGUUUAAAGGAAGAUUUCACCUAUAACCUUAGAGUCUUAGAGGAGAGAGAUAGAGAGCUGGAACGCUAUGAACGUUUGUUUAUACAGUUGAAAAUGGUUGAAAAUGCUAAAGAGGCAGAGGUUAGUGAUCUUAGAAUACAAGUGGAUAAGCUGCAGCAAACACUUGCCAAGGAAACAAAGAAGCAAGAGUCUCUGCAAUACCAAUACCAUCAAAAGCUUAAAGAACACCAGUUAGAGUUGGAGCGGCUUCACAGUUCUAAGGACUCUGAUAUCAAUCAGCAUCUUCAGGAGUAUGGGGAUAUGAAGCAGCAACUAGAGAGAAAACUGCAGGAAGUAGAAUGUGAACUUGCUUUGCAAAGACAGGAAUUUCUAGUUGAAUUUGAUUCAGAAAUGAAAAAGAGAGAGCAUGAGUUUCGACGGAAAGCGGAUGAAAUGAGCAAUUUAGUUCUGUCUCAUGAGCUUAAGGUGAAGCUGUUGACCAAAGAAUUGGAGGCUUUGAAAGAGGCUGGAACAGAAGUGGCAGAAUCAUUGAAAAUGGCAGAAGCAAGAAACUUGGAGUUAGAGAAAGAAGUCAAAUGCAGGGAUUGGGAAAUAAAGGAUCUCGCAGCUGUGAAAGAUGCUCAGAUACGGGAUUUAGAAAGAAAAAUCGAUUCAGUACAGCUGAGCUGGAAAAAAGAAAAAGAAACAUUUGAGAGAAAGCAUGCAGCAAUAGAUCACUUUGCCAGGGAAAAGGAUGCAUUACUUGCUUCAAUAAAGGAGGCCCAUACUGAGCAGAUACGGAAAUGGGAAAAUCAAGUCCGAGACCUGCAAAUAAAUAAGGAAACUUUGGAAAUGGAACUGCGUCAGGCAGAAUGGAGGCAUACAGAGGUCAAGAGAGAGAAAGAGGCUGUCAUUGAAAAACUUGAACAAGAGCUGGAGGCAUUGAAAACAAGCUGGGAUUCUCAAGUAGCUCAGAUAUCCAGGGAGACAGUUUCAAAAGACCUUCAGAUUCAAGCGCUGCAACAAGAAGAGGUGAAGCUAAGAGCACAACUGUCUAGCAUACUACAAGAUAUUGAAAGGUAUAAACAGCAGCUCUCAUUAGCAGCUGAGAGAGAAGAGAGUCUGGAAAGGGCCAAAGUACAAAUCGUGCUGGACUGGCAGCGGCGUUACGAGAAUGCUGAAAGGAAUCAAUAUCAGAAAUCAGAGGCUCUAAUACAGAACCUGUCAACAGCUAGGGACCAGGUUACUGCUGAACUACAGGCAAAGGAACUGAAAUUGCAUGAAAUGGAAAUGGUCCUAUCUUCUGUAACACUUGAGAGGGACCAAGCUGUUCAGGAACUUCGAAAGCAUGGUCACAUGCCAAAAGGAGUGAGACAGGAAACUGUAGGAACCACUGAACCAGGUUUUCCUUCUGCUGAUAUAAAGAGGUUACAAGAGCAAAACAGUACCUUGCGAUCUGUUAUUGCAGAAAUGAGGAGAGAAAUGGAGACCCUUAAUAUUCAGGCACUUUCAUCUGACCAAAGCAAAACGGAAGCACAAGAUGCUGACUAUGUUCAUUCCUUGGAAGAGGAGAUCAGAGUGUUGAAGAAAAAAUGUGAAGACAUGGACAAACAAAAUGAAGAUGCACCUGAAGUUCAUGGAAAGUUAUCUGUAUCUUCUCUGAAAUCAUCCAGUUGUGAUAAAAAUACUCAGACUUCCUACCACAUUACCAUUGGACGAGACAGUACAUUGCAUCCAGAUGAAAUUGCUACCAAGACUGCUUUGGAAAAGCAAAACAUAAAGAAAAAUACUCAGGUGGAUUCAGUGAGAACACAAGAAACACAAGUGAACUCAGUGGCCAGGAAGCUUCAGGAGGACUCUGUACAUCUCACGCAACAGUUAUUUGGCAUGGAGGCUGGUGAUGGACCCCAUCAACAUAUAGGAAAUUAUGCACAAGGGAGGCAAGGUAGAUUGAAGGAAGCUGUGAGAAAGAUCUGCAGUUUGAGCAAAGAGAAGCAUCAGCUACUAGAGAUGGUAAACAGACUAAGAGCAGAACUUGGAGCAGCUUCAAAGGAAGGAUUUCUAGGCUCUCAGGAUUUCAAGAUUUCAAAGCAUCCUCAGGGUCACACUUCAUCUUGUGCCCUACAUCCUAAAGAAUUUGUCAGGGAGACCAAGCACCGUCUUUUGGCUUUAGAGCACCUCCAGUACCAGCUUACAACACAGAACUGGCAUGCAGCUCCUGGAAGGUUGACCAAGGUGGAAUGCAGCCCUUGCACCAAAGAAGAUCUCUGUGAACAGCAAUCACUUCCAUGGCAUGCUGGAACACAGUUGGCUGCAACUCUGACUCUUCUAUCAUAAAAGACAGCUCAAAGUAUUGGAGGAGUGUGAUAUUACAAGGUUUGAACUGCAAGACGUUGGCUGUUCAGUUGAAAGACGCUUGAGUAAACGUAGUCCAGGGAAGGCAAGUUGGGUUUUUUUAUUUUCAUGCCUGGAAAUUGUGGGAUCCAGCUAUAUUUGCUGUCUUGUAUGGCAGUGAUUCUGUGCAUUCUGUGUAUUCCUGGCUGGGAGGACUGGGAAGGCUCUGAGAUGAAGAUGUCAGCAGAUCUAUUUGAUUAUCUCUUUUAUGCACUAAGAAGGACACUGUGUGAGAUUCCACACAUAGAGUCCCUGGGAUUACUGUGAUUCCCAUGAGUCUUUGGAGUCAAUGACCUACAUCAGGCAUGUCCAACAGGUAGAUCGUGAUCUACCGGUAGAUCACUGGACAUCUGUGGCAGAUCACUGGUAGAUCACUGCUCGCCCCAAAGAAGCUCAACAACUUUGGCUUCCCUAAAAAGCUCAACAACUUUGCCCCGCCCUCCUAAAAAAACAGGGCUUUCCUCCUCCCUAAAAAAAGCUUAACAACUUACCCCAAAAAGGGGUAGAUCACUGCCAGUUUUUAACUCUGUGAGUAGAUCGCAGUCUCUUGGGAGUUGGACACCCCUGACCUACAUGAAGCAAGUCUAGAGAGACAGUCAUAGAACAGCCAACUGGCUCAUGAUGUAAAAUUAAACCAACAGAAUUGGCUGCUCUGUCCAGUGCCUCUCCUCAGUUUGCAAGGGUAGUGAAGUCUAUAGCUAGUCACCUCUUUCAGUUAUGGGAAGAAAUAAAGAACAGGGAAACUUAAAUUCUGUUUUAGAAUUUCUGUGAAAUGAAGUACCAUUGAACUCGAUGGAGCUUACUUCUGGGUAGACAUGUAUAGGAAUGUAAUAUUAGGAUGGGUUGGGUGGACUGAGGAGAGGAAUUGAUUGGUUGUUUUUGCUCAUUUUAAUAAAAAUGUAUGCUAUACAGCCAUAUGAAGCCUAAAAAGAACAACAAAUAAAUUGAGACUGUAAUAUAUAUAUAGUAAUAUAAUUACAAACAAAAGACACCAUCAGAUUAGUAGCUAAAUUUUAGAAAAUGUAGGCAAACUGAAGUGCUAUAAUGAUAAAAAGAGCUUUUAUGAGAAGACAAGGCUUUUGGGAGUACCAGCCCAACCUUAGUAAAAAAACAACAACAAAAACCUGUCAUCUAACAGUGAUCCCUUAUUAAAAUAUUUAUAAGUGAUAUAGAAUUGUUUUAGCUUUGUAACUGAAGAGAAUUCAUUGAUGGUGCACUGAAUUGCAUGUGCUCCAGUUUGUUAAUGGGGUUUGGCAUGCAUAAGCGGAUGCAUGGCCGCAGUCUUCCAGGGCAGUGCAAUCACUGGAGUUUGGGACUGUAAGUAGAAAAUCAGUUUUGACCACCACUGUUAAUGGAAGUACGUUAGGGAAUGAGAGCUUUAUCUGUUCUUUUCCUGAGAAUAUUAGUGCUUAACCCACCCCAUUUUAUUAAAACAUAUUUCUAGAUAAUUGAGAGAAGCUUGUAAGAAAUCAAACCUACUAAUUUAGACUGUUCCUUUUCA